AUGCCACCCUAUUCUGGAGGUGGUGGUAAAUUUUCACGUUCCGGUGGUUCGCUGUCCGAUGCAGAGUUGAUAUUUGGUACCUCCUCUACAACAUCCAGUUAUAAAACCGAUCGUUUUGGUUCAUCGAAAAGUAUGAGUGUUACAUCGGAUCGUCAUUCGGCUAGUAGUGGUGGUGGUGGCGGACCAGCACCCUAUAAAAUCUAUGAGGGUAUACAAAAUGCUGGCUUCAGUGAUUUUGGCGAUAGUAAGAAAUCGAUUGGUGGCAGUACCAGUAGUGUGAAUGCUACAUCAUCAUAUUCUACUGUCAUAUAUUUUAUGGUCGAAGUGAUACGGGGAGCCACUGUUGUGAGUUAUGAAGAGCCACAAACAAAUGAAAUCGAUCCAGAACCAACAACAAAACCUUUCAAAUGGCUGAAGGGUAUGCAAGAUAUGGUCUCAAGUCCAACGGGUCAUGUUGUAGUGCAAGUCGCGAAGGAAUUACUAAAUCGGUCAACGGGAAAUAGUCAAGUUUUAAGUUUGAAUCUGACGAACUUGAUAAUAAUUUUAUUGCUGAAGGUGUUGAUAUUCUCGGCUGGCUUAUUGGGUGCUGGACAUUGGAGUAAUUAUGGUUAUGCACGAUCGAAUGAUAAUGAUUACUUUUUGGGUGUGACACAAGGCGAGGAUUAUCUAAUUACUGGAUUUUUGGCAGCUCAAAACGGCUACGAUCAAUGUUUGUUUGCUGCAGCCUGUGAAUCGCCACAAAUUGCCUAUGAAUAUGCCAAGGCAGCAAAGGCCUUAAUCGAAGGCAUUGAAAAGUUUCAGGGAGAACCCUUUAAAAAUGUCCGUUACAUGGAACUGGCUGUCUUAGUGGAAGAGGCGGCCUAUAGUGGUCUGCGUGGUCAACCCUGCAAUGCUACACAGAAUUGUGCAACAAUAUUUGCAAAUUAA